CAGACAGACUGACAGAAAGACAGGCAGACUGACUGACAGAAACACAGGCAGACAGACCGACAACCCUGUUGGGGCCUGUUCCUAGUUGGCCAGAGAGCGAGCAGGGUUGUGGAGCCGCGCCCGCCUGCUCCCAGGCUACUUUAUGGAACGAUGCUGAAGGAAAUAAGAAAUUCAUUAAUGCUUGUGGAAACUGUAGACUAUUAAGUUCUUUAGAUGCGGAUGUUACAGUAUAUUGGCCAUGGAUCAACGAAAAAAUGACAGCCUUGUUCCUAGUAUCACACAACUGGAGGAUUUUCUUACAGAGCAUAAUUCCAAUGUCGUUUGGCUUCUUGUUGCUACAAUUCUAUCUUGUGGAUGGAUUAUUUAUCUAACUUAUUAUAAUUCCCGGAAUGUUGGAUUGAUUUUAACAUUAGUUCUUAACAGAUUAUAUAAGCAUGGCUACAUUCAUAUUGGUUCCUUUUCUUUCUCUGUCCUGUCUGGAAAAGUGAUGGUUCGUGAAAUCUAUUAUAUUAACGAAGACAUGUCCAUCAGAAUUCAAGAUGGAUUUAUUAUUUUUCGGUGGUGGAAGAUGUAUAAUCCAAAGCAGAAGCAGCAUGAUCCAAAGGCAGAAACUAGACUCUACAUCACUGUGAAUGAUUUUGAAUUUCAUGUCUAUAACCGUUCUGAUCUUUAUGGACAACUUCAAGAAUUAUUUGGUCUGGAUCCAACAAUAAUCCCACCAAAGAAAGAGGAUGAAAAAGCGCACGAGAAUGGGAGAGAGAGACCCCAGCCUAGCCUUGAAAGUGUUAAAGUAAAAUCAGAGUCCCAGGACCCAUCAUCUUCAUGGAGAUCUCUUAUUCCAGUCAUAAAGGUCAAUGUUAGCACAGGUCGUUUGGCAUUUGGGAAUCAUUAUCAGCCACAGACUCUCUGUAUUAACUUUGAUGAUGCAUUCUUAACUUACGCCACGAAACCACCUUCGAGCCAUCUUGAUCAAUUUAUGCAUAUUGUAAAGGGAAAACUGGAAAAUGUCAGAGUUAUGCUGGUUCCCAGUCCACGAUAUGUUGGCCUUCAAAAUGAUGAACCACCAAGAUUAAUGGGAGAAGGUUUUGUUGUGAUGCAGUCCAAUGAUGUUGACAUCUACUAUUACAUGGAUGAGCCAGGCCCAGUACCAGAGAAAACUGAAGAAAAUAUUGAAGGAGAAACUAGCAGUGAGGAUAAUAAAUUACAAGAUUUGCCUCCUUGUUGGGGAUUAGACAUAGUUUGUGGUAAAGGAACAGAUUUCAACUAUGGACCUUGGGCUGACAGACAAAGAGACUGUCUGUGGAAGUUUUUCUUUCCACCCGAUUAUCAAGUUAUGAAAGUUUCCGAAAUUGCGCAGCCUGGGAAACCAAGACAGAUUCUUGCUUUUGAACUGCGGAUGAAUAUUAUUGCAGAUGCCACCAUAGACUUGCUUUUUACGAAAAAUAGGGAAACGAAUGCUGUACAUGUAAAUGUGGGAGCAGGCUCGUAUUUAGAAAUCAACAUUCCUAUGACAGUAGGAGAAAAUGGGUACACUCCGGCAAUCAAAGGACAACUUUUACAUGUUGAUGCCACAAGCAGUAUGCAGUAUCGAACACUGUUAGAAGCAGAAAUGUUGGCAUUCCACAUCAAUGCCAGCUAUCCUCGUAUCUGGAACAUGCCGCAGAAGUGGCAGUGUGAACUGGAAGUCUAUAAAGCCACAUACCAUUUCAUCUUUGCCCAGAAAAAUUUCUUUGCAGAUUUAAUUCAAGACUGGUCAAGUGACAGUGCUCCUGAUAUUUUUUCAUUUGUCCCCUAUACAUGGAAUUUUAAAGUCAUGUUUCAUCAAUUUGAAAUGAUUUGGGCUGCAAAUCAGCACAAUUGGAUUGACUGUUCCACAAAACAACAGGAGAAUGUUUAUCUGGCAGCCUGUGGGGAAACAUUAAACAUUGAUUUCUCUUUGCCUUUUACUGACUUUGUUCCAACUACCUGCAAUACCAAAUUUACUUUAAAGGGAGAAGAUGUUGAUCUUCAUUUGUUUCUACCUGAUUGCCACCCUAGUAAAUAUUCAUUAUUCAUGUUGGUAAAAGAUUGUCACCCAAAUAAAAUGACCCCUGAGUCGGCUAUUCCUGCUGAGUGUCAAAGUGGCCAUAAAACAGUCAAGCCCAAAUGGCGAAAUAUUACUCAAGAAAAGUGCGGUUGGGUCGAAUGCUGGACUGUUCCAAGCGUUAAGCUUACAAUAGACUAUACGUGGCAUCCUGUUUAUCCCCAGAAGGCAGAUGAGCAGUUAAAGCAGUCACUGUCAGAAAUGGAAGAAACAAUGUUAUCUGUACUAAGGCCGUCCCAGAAAGCAGUGGACAGAACUCUUUCUUCUCCUACCACUUCAUCCCGCCUGACAAUUGAUCCCUCAGAACUGCCACCUGAUAAGCUUCAUGUAGAAAUGGAGCUCUCUCCUGAUUCUCAGAUAACGCUCUACGGACCACUGUUGAAUGCCUUUCUGUCCAUAAAGGAAAAUUACUUUGGGGAAGAUGACAUGUAUACGGAUUUUGAAGAAAUAAUUUCAAGUCCUGUGUUAUCAAUGUCAACAUCAUCUAGCUCCGGUUGGACUGCCGUUGGAGUGGAUAAUGAGAAAAAGGACAAUGAAAGUUCCUCCAAGCCAGUUCAUCCGCUCAGUUUGCGACCUUGGGACAUUACCGUGCUUGUGAACUUGUACAAGGUUCAUGGACGGUUACCAGUUCAUGGAAGCACUGAUAGUCCCGAAUGCCCUACAGCUUUCUUGGAAAGACUUUGUUUUGAAAUGAAGAAAGGAUUUAGAGAGACUAUGCUACAACUUGUCCUUUCCCCACUGAAUAUAUUCUUAAAUGACAGCUAUCAGCAGCGUCCAUCUGUGGAUGAAGUCCUCAGAGAAGGUCACAUCAGCCUGUCUGGUCUACAGCUACGAGCACAUGCUAUGUUUUCAGCAGAAGGGCUCCCUCUGGGAAGUGAUUCCUUAGAAUACGCGUGGCUAAUCGAUGUUCAGGCUGGAUGCCUUACAGCCAAGGUUACGGCACCACAGCUGGCUUGUCUACUGGAAUGGGGACAGACAUUUGUUUUCCACGUGGUGUGUCGCGAGUUUGAAUUGGAAAGGCCCAAAUCUGUAAUAAUAUGUCAGCAUGGAAUUGAUCGUCGGUUCUGUGAAUCUAAGAUGAGCUGUGUUCCUGGACCCUGCCAAACCUCAGAUGAUUUGAAAUACACUAUGACCCGCUUAGCGGUAGAUGGGGCAGAUCUUUAUGUUGUGGAACAUGGCUGUGCUACAAAUAUAAAGAUGGGUGCAGUACGAGUUGCAAACUGUAAUCUCCACAAUCAGUCGGUUGGCGAAGGGAUAAGUGCUGCAAUUCAAGAUUUUCAAGUGAGGCAGUACAUUGAGCAAUUAAAUAGUUGUCGAGUUGGACUUCAGCCUGCAGUACUGCGGAGGGCCUACUGGUUGGAAGCUGGGUCAGCCAAUUUAGGACUCAUUACAGCCGAUGUUGCUUUAGCUGCUGAUCAUCACUGCAAACAUGAAGUGCAAAGGCAUUUCUUAGAAAUACAUGAUAGCAGAACUAAGAGGUUGUGGUUCCUGUGGCAAGAUGACAAUGUAAAGAAUAAAAGAAGCAAGAAUAAGUGUGGCUGUCUGGGUGGUUGCAGAUUCUUUGGUGGCACAGUGACUGGACUAGAUUUCUUUAAACUUGAAGAGCUGACACCUUCAAGCAGCUCUGCUUUUUCAAGCACUAGUGCGGACUCGGACAUGUUUUAUGGACAAUCUCUACUGCAGCCAGGAGAGUGGAUUAUUACCAAAGAGAUUCCCAAAGUCAUAGAUGGGAAAGUGAAUGGCAUGAAGAGGAAAGAUUGGGAGUGCAAAUCCGUGGGAAUAGAAGUGGAAAGAAAAGCUCAGCAUCUGAGUCUGCAGGUUCCACUCCGCUCUCACAGCUCCUCCUCCUCAGAAGAAAAUAGCAGCUCCAGUGCAGCUCUCCCCUUGUUGGCAGCUGACAAGGAGAGCCCUUCUUCUGCAACUGAAGAACUCCUGGUUCAGAAGGAGCUCCCUGCAGGGAACAAAAAAGAUGAUGGUCAUGUAAGUACUCUGGCAGAAGUUUCAGAAAACAGCCCCGUUUCCCCCGGUUCCCAGGAUAAAUCAGUAGUUCAGUCUCCGCUCCGGUCUCCUUUGAAGCGCCAAGCAUCGGUUUGUUCUACCCGACUUGGAAGCACCAAGAGUCUCACCGCCGCUUUCUAUGGGGACAAGCAGCCUGUCACAGUGGGAGUUCAGUUCAGUAGUGAUGUGUCUCGAAGUGAUGAAAAUGUCUUGGACUCCCCAAAGCAGAGAAGGAGCUUUGGCUCUUUUCCGUACACACCAUCAGCAGACUCUACUUCUUUCCAUCAGUAUCGCUCGAUGGACUCCAGCAUGUCAAUGGCCGACAGUGAAGCCUACUUUUCGGCAGCGGAAGAGUUUGAGCCGGUAAGCAGCGAUGAAGGCCCAGGAACUUAUCCCGGGAGAAAGAAGAAGAAAAAACAGACUCAGCAGAUUGACUACAGCAGAGGUUCCAUCUAUCACAGCAUAGAAGGCCCGCUUACCAGUUCGGCCCACGGAGAGGGCAGUCAGGAUCCAAAGACUCUGGCUAUCAAAACCCAUCCAUCCCAGGCUUCAUUUGUUUCUGCACUAGGCGGGGAAGAUGAGCUCGUAGAACACCUCUACAUCAUAGAGAGUGAGAAAUCUACAGGGAAUGAACAGAUCACUUCUCAACAACCCGUAAUGAGUUGUUAUCAAGCCUAUCUUACUCAGUACCAAGUGAUCAAUUGGUCAGUUAAGCAUCCGUCAAACAAAAGAACCUCCAAGUCCUCUCUGCAUCGCCCAUUGGACCUAGAUACACCAACCAGUGAAGAAAACUCAUCAUCCUUCGAACAACUUUUUGUCCCAACAUUUAAGGUCAUCAAACAGGGACUCACGGCGAAUGCUUUACUGGAUCGGGGUAUGCAGCUAUCGGGAUCAACUUCAAAUACACCAUAUACUCCUUUGGAGAAGAAAGCCGUGGAUAACACAGAUGAUGAAACAUUAACGGAAGAGUGGAACCUUGAUCAACCCAUCUCCCAGACUAGGACAACAGCUAUAGUAGAAGUAAAGGGAACUGUGGAUGUUGUUUUGACUCCUCUAGUAGCAGAAGCUCUGGACAGAUAUAUUGAAGCAAUGGUUCACUGUGCCAGCACCCGUCAUCCAGCUGCAAUUGUGGAUGAUCUUCAUUCCAAAGUCCUCAGUGAAGCGAUCCAGAAUAGCAAGACAGCUGUCUCAGAAAAUCUAUCCUCCAAACCAGAUGUAAGAGGAACAAAACCAGAGCACCCUACCACCGGAACAGCCACGGCAAACCAAGGACAAGCUCAGACAAAUCUUUCACUUAAGCAAGAUAAUGUGACAAUUAAAGGUCUCCAGGCUAAUGUUAGCAUACCCAAGGUAAAUUUGUGUUUGUUACAAGCAUCAGUGGAAGAAUCGCCAAGUUCAGCUGCUGGUAGGAGUGUGACUCAUGUUUCCCUGGUAGCUUUGUGUUUUGAUAGAAUUGCUACACAAGUGCGUAUGAAUAGAGGUGUGGUUGAAGAGACUUCAAACAAUGCAGAGCCUGGUAGAACGUCUGUGAACUUUGAGAGAUACGUCAACGCCAGCAAAAUGCAGCCUCAGUCUUCUGGCUCUCUGAGAUCUAACGCCGGAGCGGAAAAAGGCAAAGAAAUUGCAGCCAAAUUAAACAUUCAUCGAGUUCAUGGUCAGCUUAGAGGUCUGGAUACAACAGACAUGGGGACCUGUGCAAUCACUGCUAUUCCUUUUGAGAAAUCAAAAGUUCUGUUUACACUUGAAGAACUGGAUGACUUCACUUUUGUGGAUGAAACCGAUCAGCACACAGUUCCAGAUGGAAUGCGAAUGGGGCCCAGUCAAGAAAAGUGGGGUUGGAUAAUGUUUGAAUGUGGACUAGAAAAUCUAACAAUAAAAGGAGGAAGGCAGUCCGGGGCUCUUUUAUAUAAUACCUUUGGAAUUAUGGGCAAAUCGAAUGCCACCGAGAGAGGUGGUUUGCUCACAUCCAACAAUUCUUCUGAUUCCCCAACUGGCAGUGGUUAUAAUACCGAUGUGUCUGAAGAAAAUCUUCCUUGUGAUCGAAUAAGUCCUUCUUCAGACGUAAAUGGGAAUUCCGUUUCAGAUGAACAGGACGAAGGAGUUGAAUCUGAUGAUUUGAAAAAAGAUCUUCCUCUAAUGCCACCACCUCCAGAUUCCUGCAGCAUGAAAUUGACUAUCAAAGAAAUUUGGUUUAGUUUUGCUGCCCCCACCAAUGUGAGAGCUCCGCCCCACACCUUUUCUAGGCAGUUGAACCUUUUGAGCACAGCAACCCCUGCUGUAGGAGCAUGGCUCGUUCCCAUUGAUCAACUCAAAUCAUCUUUAAACAAAUUAGAGACCGAAGGAACCCUGAGAAUUUGUGCUGUGAUGGGAUGCAUAAUGACAGAAGCUUUAGAGAAUAAAAGCAUGCACUUUCCCUUGAGAAGUAAAUAUAACAGACUUACAAAACUUGCUCGCUUCCUCCAAGAAAACCCUUCAUGCUUACUGUGCAAUAUAUUACACCACUACCUCCAUCAGGCUAAUUACUCAAUCAUUGAAGAUGCCACUAUGAGUGAUGGCCUUCCUGCCCUAGUAACUUUAAAGAAAGGGCUUGUGGCGCUGGCCAGACAGUGGAUGAAGUUUAUUGUGGUGACGCCGACUUUCAAGGCAGUGAAUUUACAUAGACCGGCUCAACCCCUGAAACCACAGACUGCUUUGCGCCAUGAACGUGAAGAUGGACUUGGGCUAGACAAUGGUGGCGGUCUUCAGAGUGACACCAGUGCUGAUGGAGCAGAAUUUGAGUUUGAUGCAGCUACUGUCAGUGAGCACACAAUGCUUCUAGAUGGAAUUGCCAAUCGGCCUCCACCUGGUGGGGGAUCUUCUGGUCCUGUGUCUGGGGCCGAGAUCAUGAGGAAACUCUCCAAGUCACACACCCACAGUGAUUCUGCUCUUAAAAUAAAGGGCAUCCACCCGUACCAUUCCCUGAGCUACACCAGUGGCGACACGGCCACUGAUUCCCCGGUGCACGUUGGCCGCUCUGGGCUGCCGGUCAGAGAAAGUCCAAGGAAGGAAUCUUUACUCAGCUACUUGACUGGGAGUUUUCCUAGCCUGCACAACCUCCUGGAAGGGACUCCUCAGAGAAGCACCACAGCUGUCAAAAGUAGUUCCCUAACGAGGACCGGAAAUACAGUGGCCACCGACAUGCUAUCAGAACACCCUUUGUUAUCAGAACCGUCAUCAGUGAGCUUCUAUAAUUGGAUGUCAAAUGCAGUGGGUAACCGGGGAAGUAUGGUACAGGAAUCUCCCGUCACAAAGUCCGGUCACAAUAGCCUCCCAACAGGGGCUGCUCCCAACCUUCCUACAAUACCCUCAGCCUCAGACUUCAAUACAGUCUUGUCCAGUGACCAGAACACUUUGGAUGGAACCCAUUCUCAGCAUAGCACCAGUCAGGAUGAUGUAGCGGCUGUGGAAGAGGGCAACCAAGGGUUUCCUGCUGUUCAGCUGGCUGAUGCACAGGUGGUUUUCAAGCCCCUUCUGAGCCAUACAGGGAUUCAGUCACAGGAUGCAAUGCCUCUCUGCUACCGAAUGUAUUUUGGAGAACAUCUUUCAUUUUCAGGGACUUUGGAUUGCCUUAGAGCAGAUAUCGUUGAUUCUGACACAACUAAAGAGAGAAAAAGUAAAAGAGCAAGACGGCAAGGGGCUAUAAAUCUCCCACCACUGGAGUUCAAACCAGCGUUAAUGUUGGAAACCUUUAGCCUCAGUGCUGUUGUGAUGGAGAAAUCAGUGUGCACUCCUCAGAACUCAACCAAUGCCCUUUCUUUUCACGACCUCAACAAGCGUUACUACAACACCUUUCACUGCAAUUUUACAAUCUCUUGUCAGUCAAUAAGCCAACACGUCGACAUGGCAUUGGUUCGUCUCAUUCAUCAAUUUAGUACAAUGAUAGAUGAUAUCAAAGCCACCCAGACAGAUAUUAAGCUUAGCAGAUAUACUGCUGGCUCAGCAUCUCCGACCCCUACCUUCAAAACCCGUAAGCACCGCGACUUCCGCUCUUCUGACUUCAGCCGGAGCUCAAGGGGAAGUCUGAAUGGCGGAAAUAGAGUAAAUAAUGCCAAGAGUAAAAGGACCAACAACGAGAACAACAAGAAAGAACCUCGGAAUAAGAAUUCCGUCGGAAGAUCAGAAAGACGAACUUCGAAAGUGUCCAGGAAAGGUUCAAAGGAUGUAGUUGAUCACAUGACCAUUCAUAUGGAUGACUCUGAUUCGAUUACGGUGUCAGAGCAGAGCGAGCCUUCUGCAGAGUGCUGGCAAAAUAUGUAUAAACUGCUGAAUUUCUAUUCGCUUAUCUCAGAUCCAACGGGAAUUUUGGAGAAAUCAUCUGAAACAUUUGGACCAGCAGGUGUCCGGAGCCCCACAGAACCAACGUGUAAGGUCGUGUUUGAGAACGAACAGGACAACAACAGCUUGAACAAGGCCCAGAGGAAACGCAGCGUGGUCACCACCGAACCCCAGCACGUGACUCUCAUAGUGUUCGGGAUUGGCAUGGUGAAUCGCACGCACCUUGAGGCGGAUAUCGGUGGACUAACCAUGGAGUCCGAGCUGAAGAGAAUCCAUGGGAGCUUUACCCUGAAAGAAAAAAUGAAAGAUGUUUUGCAUCAAAAAAUGACAGAGACAUGCGCCACCGCUCAUAUUGGCGGGGUUAACAUUGUUCUGCUUGAAGGCAUUACACCUAAUAUACAACUGGAGGACUUUCCAACAUCUCCUACAAGUACAGCCAAACAAGAAUUUCUAACUGUGGUGAAAUGCAGCAUUGCCAAGUCUCAAGCUCUUUAUAGCGCCCAGAGAGGGUUGAAGACAAACAACGCGGCCGUGUUCAAAGUGGGUGCGAUCAGCAUCAACAUACCUCAGCACCCGGCCACGUUGCAUAGCAUGAUGGUGCGCAGUUCUCACCAGCUUUCCAAACAGAUCUCGGAUCUCAUUAGGCAACCAUCAACGGCCCCACAGUCUGUGAAAGAAGAUAUCGCAACCCCAUUACCUUCUGAAAAAACUCCAACAAGUAUUAAUCAAACUCCUAUUGAAACCAAUGAAUUUCCCCAGCUCCCUGAAGGCUUAGAGAAGAAGCCCAUUGUUCUUAAAUUCAGUGCUAUGUUAGAUGGCAUAGCUAUUGGAGCAGCAUUAUUGCCAUCUCUGAAAGCAGAAUAUAAGAUGGGAAGAAUGAGAAGUCACGGAAUGACAGGGGCACAGACGAGAUUUACGUUUGAACUGCCAAAUCACAGACUGCGCUUCACUUCAAAGGUUUCUGCCACCGACAUGUCAACAAUUCCUCCUUCUGCCAGUCUCAACCUUCCUCCUGUCACUAUGUCAGGGAAAUAUGUAAUGGAAGAACAUGAUAGCUAUUCAGAUCAGGUGUGGAACAUAGAUGAGUUACCCACUAAACAAGGAUACUAUUUGCAAGGAAACUAUCUACGUUGCGUAGCUGAGGUUGGUUCCUUUGAACAUAAUCUCACAACCGACCUCCUAAACCAUUUAGUGUUUGUUCAAAAGGUGUUCAUGAAGGAAGUCAAUGAAGUAAUCCAGAAAGUUUCGGGAGGAGAACAGCCAAUUCCUCUGUGGAAUGAACACGAUGGCACAGCAGAUGGAGAUAAGCCUAAAAUUCUCCUCUAUUCCCUGAACCUGCAGUUUAAGGGUAUUCAGGUGACAGCCACAACUCCGUCUAUGAGAGCGGUGAGAUUUGAAACCGGAUUGAUAGAACUAGAACUCUCAAAUCGACUUCAAACCAAAGCCGUGCCAGGAAAUAGCAGCUAUUUGAAGUUAUUUGGAAAAUGUCAAGUGGAUUUGAAUUUAGCAUUAGGACAAAUUGUCAAACAUCAGGUUUAUGAAGAGGCCGGCUCUGAUUUCCAUCAAGUUGCCUAUUUUAAGACAAGAAUUGGAUUAAGGAAUGCCCUCCGAGAAGAAAUCAGUGGUUCCUCAGAUAGGGAAGCUGUGCUCAUUACUUUGAACAGGCCGAUUGUUUAUGCCCAGCCGGUAGCCUUUGACAGAGCUGUGCUGUUUUGGCUCAAUUACAAAGCUGCGUACGACAACUGGAAUGAACAGAGGAUGGCUUUACAUAAGGAUAUUCACAUGGCCACCAAGGAAGUGGUAGAUAUGCUACCGGGAAUUCAGCAAACAUCUGCUCAGGCCUUUGGGACGCUUUUCCUCCAACUCACUGUUAAUGACUUGGGAAUUUGCCUGCCAAUCACAAAUGCUGCCCAGUCGAAUCAUACUGGUGACCUUGAUACUGGCUCUGCUUUAGUCCUGACCAUUGAAAGUACUCUAAUUACCGCCUGCUCUUCAGAGUCUCUAGUUAGUAAAGGACAUUUCAAAAAUUUCUGCAUCCGCUUUGCUGAUGGCUUUGAGACAACCUGGGAUGACUGGAAACCAGAAAUCCGUGGGGAUCUAGUUAUGAAUGCCUGUGUUGUACCAGAUGGGACCUAUGAAGUGUGCUCUAGGACUACUGGACAGGCAUCAGCUGAAAGUAGUAGCGCUGGAACUUGGACACUCAACGUGCUGUGGAAGAUGUGUGGGAUUGACGUCCAUAUGGAUCCAAAUAUCGGGAAACGGCUGAAUGCCCUGGGUAACACCCUCACCACUCUAACAGGAGAGGAAGAUGUUGAUGACAUUGCAGACCUGAACUCAGUAAACAUAGCCGACCUGUCUGAUGAGGAUGAAGUCGAUUCCAUGUCUCCCACCAUACACACUAGUUCAGAUGGAGGUUCAGUAAGUGGAGAUGGCUACAAGCUUACCUUUGGGCAGCGACUUGUAAAUCACCUGCUGGGACUGACACCCCAAAGUCAACGUUACUCUGUUCCUACGGAGUAUCUGUUCGGAUCUGAGCUGUGUGGCUCCCCUCAGUCUAGUGGAUCACAUAUGAAAGCAUGCAGGGCUCACUCAUGGGGAAAUGAGGCUAUUGAUUAUCGAAGACAAGGAGCAUCUGGUAAUCAGCCCGGAGAGUUAAGAGGAAGAAAAGUUAUGAAACGAAUAGUGGACAUUAGGGAACUGAAUGAACAGGCUAAAGUAAUUGAUGAUCUCAAGAAAUUAGGUGCAAGUGAAGGAACUAUAAACCAGGAGAUUCAACGAUACCAGCAAUUAGAGUCCGUUGCCGUGAAUGACAUACGCAGAGAUGUUCGUAAAAAAUUACGGAGGUCCAGCAUGAGGGCAGCUUCACUUAAGGACAAAUGGGGAUUAGGCUACAAACCCAGUUACAACCGAUCAAAAACCGUUUCUGCUUCAGGAAGGCCUCCCCUUAAACGGAUGGAGAGAACAAGUUCUCGGGUGGGAGACGCUGAGGAGCUUCCAGAAAUUCGUGUGGAUGCGGCUUCUCCUGGACCCAGAGUGACUUUCAAUAUCCAAGAUCCAUUGAAUAAUACAGUUUGGGGACUUACACAACCAUCCAGCCCUCCAGGGGAAGGGUAUUUUCAGUUUCCAGAGGAGACAGAACUGGACCUUUUGUCUGUAACCAUUGAUGGUCCAUCCCAUUACUCAUCAAAUAGUGAAGGAUCAUGCUCAGUAUUCAGUUCACCCAAAACUCCGGUAGUCUUCUCACAAGACAUUCCCUUCCAGCCUGAAGAAGGUCGUCGAGAUGACAGCUCAUCUUCAACCAGUGAAGAUUCAGAGAAGGAGGAAAAGGAAGAUGACCACGAAAGGGAAAAAUUUUAUAUUUACAGAAAACCCUCACAUACCUCCCGAAAAAAGGCGACAGGCUUUGCUGCAGUCCAUCAGCUGUUUACUGAACGCUGGCCUUCAGCUCCUGCCAGCCGAAAUCUGAGUGGCACAGCCACAGAAAGAAAUAUUGACUUUGAAUUGGACAUCAGAGUUGAAAUCGAUAGUGGGAAAUGUGUUCUGCACCCAACAACGCUUCUGCAAGAACAUGAUGACAUAAGCUUAAGAAGGAGUUACGACCGGAGUUCAAGAAGCUUGGAUCAAGAAUCCCCUUCAAAGAAGAAAAAAUUUCAAACUAACUAUGCAUCCACUACACAUUUAAUGACUGGCAAGAAAGUGCCAUCUUCUUUGCAAACAAAGCCAAGUGACUUGGAAACAACUGUAUUUUACAUUCCUGGAGUUGAUGUAAAGUUACACUACAACUCUAAGACUUUAAGGACUGAGUCGCCAAAUGCUUCCAGAGGAUCAUCUUUGCCUCGAACCCUUUCCAAAGAGUCCAAGCUGUAUGGUAUGAAAGACAAUGCCACAUCUCCUCCUUCUCCUCCUUUACCUACCUCUGCCCACAGCAAGACUAACACCUUACUUCCUCCCCAACCCCCACCUAUUCCCUCAGCCAAAGGCAAGGGAAGUGGAGGCAUAAAAACCGCUAAACUCUACGCGUGGGUAGCACUCCAGUCAUUGCCGGAAGAAAUGGUCAUCAGUCCCUGCCUCCUAGACUUUCUAGAGAAGGCUCUGGAAACCAUCCCUAUUACACCAAUCGAAAGAAAUUACACAGCAGUCAGCUCGCAGGAUGACGACAUGGGACAGUUUGAUUUACCAGAUCCUAUGGAAGAGUCUACAACAUCACUAGUAUCAUCUUCAACCUCUGCAUACUCCUCCUUCCCAGUAGACGUAGUAGUUUACGUACGAGUUCAGCCUUCACAGAUCAAAUUCAGCUGCCUGCCAGUGUCUAGAGUAGAAUGCAUGCUAAAACUGCCUUCCCUGGACCUGGUGUUUUCUUCAAAUCGAGGGGAACUGGAGACUUUAGGGACCACCUACCCGACAGAGAGUUUGUCACCUGGCAGUAGCGCUUCUCUGAGUGGAGCAAAGACCUCAGCUAACAAAACCGGGACCCCAGGUUCUUCUGGACUCGGGAGCCCUCUUGGCAGAAGCCGGCACAGCAGUAGUCAGUCAGACUUGACAAGCUCCAGCAGCAGUUCAUCGGGACUGAGUUUCACCGCCUGCAUGUCUGACUUCUCCCUUUAUGUAUUUCAUCCAUAUGGAGCAGGGAAACAAAAGACUGCUGUUUCUGGCCUUACCCCUGGAUCUGGAGGACUAGGCAACGUCGAUGAGGAGCCUACUUCGGUCACUGGGCGGAAAGACUCCCUUAGUAUAAACCUGGAGUUUGUGAAAGUGAGCUUAUCUCGAAUAAGGCGUUCCGGCGGCGCUUCGUUUUUUGAGAUUCAAGCUGCAAGCAAAUCUGCAAGCAAGAUGGAUACUACAUUAAUAAAUAUAUCUGCUGUGUGCGAUAUAGGAUCAGCUUCCUUUAAAUAUGAUAUGCGUCGGCUCAGUGAAAUCCUGGCCUUUCCAAGAGCUUGGUACAGAAGAAGUAUUGCCCGGCGCCUUUUUCUUGGAGAUCAAACCAUAAAUUUGCCAGCAUCUGGCCCUGGAACUCCUGAUUCCAUUGAAGGAGUAAGCCAGCACCUAUCCCCGGAAUCCUCCCGGAAAGCUUACUGUCGGACCUGGGAGCAGCCCAGCCAGUCAUCUUCCUUCACUCACAUGACCCAAGCUAAUAAUGUUUUCAACGAACACAUGACCAACAGCAACAUGUCACCAGGGGCAGCCGUUCAGAACCUAAAAUCCCCAGCAUCGGUAAGAUCCAGAAGUGUAUCCGACUCUUCAGUUCCCCGGAGAGAUUCACUUUCAAAGACUUCAACUCCUUUUAACAAAUCCAACAAAGCAGCAAGCCAACAAGGCACGCCAUGGGAAACAUUAGUCGUAUUUGCUAUUAACCUGAAACAGCUGAAUGUUCAAAUGAACAUGAGCAAUGUGAUGGGCAAUACUACCUGGACCACCAGUGGUUUGAAAAGCCAAGGCCGUCUUUCAGUGGGCAGUAAUCGAGACCGAGAGAUUAGCAUGUCCGUUGGUCUGGGUAGAUCACAGCUGGACUCAAGGGGAGGAGUAGUUGGCGGUACCAUAGAUGUUAACACUUUGGAAAUGGUCGCUCAUAUUUCUGAACAUCCAAACCAGCAACCCAGUCACAAAAUUCAGAUCACCAUGGGCUCUACUGAAGCACGUGUUGAUUAUAUGGGAUCAAGUAUUCUCAUGGGUAUCUUCAGUAAUGCUGAUCUUAAGUUACAGGAUGAGUGGAAAGUGAACCUGUACAACACUUUGGAUUCAAGCAUGUCUGAUAAAAGUGAAAUUUUUGUUCAUGGUGAUUUGAAGUGGGACAUUUUCCAAGUGAUGAUUUCACGGUCAACCACACCCGACUUGAUAAAAAUAGGAAUGAAGCUCCAGGAGUUCUUCACGCAGCAAUUUGACACUAGCAAACGUGCUCUGUCUACCUGGGGGCCAGUUCCUUAUCUGCCACCGAAGACUGUGACCAAUAACUUCGAGAAAAAUUCGCAAGAACAAUUGCUGGACGCAGCUCACCACCGCCACUGGCCAGGAGUAUUGAAGGUGGUGUCGGGGUGCCAUAUAUCCUUAUUUCAGAUACCGUUGCCAGAGGACGGAAUGCAGUUUGGAGGAUCGAUGAGUCUGCAUGGGAAUCACAUGACGCUGGCUUGCUUCCACGGCCCUAAUUUCCGCUCAAAGUCAUGGGCGCUCUUUCACUUAGAAGAACCUAACAUUGCGUUUUGGACAGAAGCCCAGAAGAUCUGGGAAGAUGGUUCCAGUGAUCACUCCACAUACAUUGUGCAAACACUGGAUUUUCAUUUGGGUCACAAUACCAUGGUCACCAAACCCUGUGGCGCUUUAGAGAGUCCCAUGGCAACAAUAACCAAGAUAACCAGACGCCGCCAUGAAAAUCCACCCCAUGGAGUGGCCAGUGUAAAAGAAUGGUUCAAUUAUGUGACUGCAACGAGGAAUGAAGAGCUGAACCUGCUCCGAAAUGUCGAUGCCAAUAAUGCAGAGAGCAGCACCACUGUGAAGAGCUCCAGCUUGCUUAGCGGCUUCCGGGGCGGGUCCAGUUACAAUCAUGAAACAGAAACCAUCUUUGCCUUACCCCGGAUGCAGCUGGACUUCAAAUCCAUUCACGUUCAAGAACCACAGGAACCUUCAAUCCAGGACACCAACGUUAAACCAAAGGUCGAGUGCAGCGUGGUCACAGAAUUUACCGAUCACAUUUGCGUGACUAUGGAUGCCGAGCUAAUCAUGUUUUUGCACGACUUGGUGUCUGCUUACCUAAAAGAAAAAGAAAAAGCUAUCUUUCCACCUCGAAUUCUGUCCACUCGACCUGGACAGAAAAGUCCACUUACUGUUCACGAUGACAGUUCCUCAGAAAAAGAAAGAGAGGACGGCAUCAGUUAUACUACUGUAGACUGGAGAGAUUUUAUGUGCAAUACUUGGCAUUUGGAACCCACACUCCGAUUAAUUUCUUGGACCGGCCGAAAGAUCGACCCGGUAGGGGUUGACUACAUUCUUCAAAAGUUGGGCUUUCAUCAUGCCAGGACUACUAUUCCCAAGUGGCUUCAGCGAGGUGUCAUGGACCCACUGGACAAGGUUCUGUCGGUCCUAAUCAAAAAGCUGGGGACGGCCCUCCAGGAUGAAAAGGAAAAGAAAGGAAAAGACAAAGAAGAACACUAAAAGCAACUGUAGCUGUGAAAGAUAAUUUUAUUUCCGUUAAAUUUAUUCUCACUGAAGUAUUUUAUUGUAUAGUGAAAUUAUUUUAAGUUUGAUUCAAAGAGAAUUCUAAUGGCUUUUUCGCUCCUUCAUUAAACAUUCGUGAGUUUAAUUGUUUACUGUGGUACUCUCCACCAGUUCGUAUACAGUGAAGUAUUGCAUGAUGUAAAUUUUGUGAAAUAAGAGAAACUGUGUAAAUCUGCUGAGCAUUCAUAAUUAUGUGCAAUAUCAUUCCUGCAUCUUUAAAAUAUUUGCAGAUUAACUGUGAAUUUUUGAGACUCAUUGGCUGGUCAUAACUUAAAUCUUGUUGAUAAUGUAUUUUUUUUUGUCAGUGGCUUUUUUUCCUUUGUUAUACUUGUAUAAAUUUAUGUAUAUAUGGUUUGUGGAACUGUGAUAUGAUGGCCAUAGUGCAAAACUAUUGUUACUGCUGUAAUAAAGUCUCAUUAACUUGA